GUUGUUAUAAUGUGUAUUUGUGUUAGGAGACAGCUCAGCAUGUGACUGAGUUAUUGGAGCAGGAGCAGAUUGACAGACGAGCUUUACAGGAGCAAAACCAGGACGUCACAUCGACGGAGGACGAACUCAUUAAAAGGAACGAGGAACUUCAGUUACAAAUUGCUGAGUUGACAAUAUUAGCCAGAAUCAAGCAGAGUGAAAAUGGCGGAGGUGACGAAAACGAAACUGAAAAUAACUCUGAAGCUGUUCUAGAGAAAUACUGGGAGACUAAGAGAGAACUUGAAACCCUCCGGCAGAGAAUAAGUACAGAGUAUGAGGACCAGGUGGAGCGACUGCAACAUGCAAAGAAAGUACUAGAGAAAAAGCUCGCUGAUUCUGAUGCUGAAGUUGAGGACCUGAGGCGGAACCUGUCCCAGGCUCGUAAGAAAGGAUCCAAAUUUAGUUCUGAACUGAACGACUUGAAACUGAUGCUUGAGGCACAGCAGAACAGGAACGAAGAAUUGGAAAAAAGACAGAGAAAAUUUGAUUCUGAUAUUAAUUCAGUAAGAGAUGGAGCUAGCGAUGAGAAACAAGCCAGGGAGAGAUUGGAGAGAGAAAAGAAUUUAUUGUCAGCCGAUUUCACUUUAUUAGAAGAAAAAUACAAAAAAUUGAAAGAAGACCAUCAGAAACUUGAAAGUGAAAAGACUGAAAUAGAAACGGAGCUGUUGAAGAAAGGAAGCAUUAGUACUGAUAAUGAGAUUGUUUCUUUGAAAAAAAUGAAAAGAGAAUUGGAAUCAAAAAUUGAAGAGUUGGAGGAUGAAGUGGAUGAUUUGAAUAUAAAAGUUGAUUCAUUACAACAAGCUAAGUCUCGUUUGGAGCUGUCACAGAAUUCUCUCAAAACUCAACACCAAAAGGAGAUUGAGGGAAGGGAGGAAGACAUGGAGCAGCCGAAGGCCACCAUGAACAAGAAGAUAAAGACAAUAGAACAGCAGCUGGAGGAAGAACAUGAGUCCAA